CGUCUUUGUGUUGGCAAAUCACGAUGUACGCUGGGCGGGCAUUGUGAAGCUGGAGUUGAGUGUUAGCAGGCUAACUAGAGAAAGAAAGCUAACUAAUCGUGAGAGUGGAAGUGGAGCUAACGUUAAUGGGAUAGGCAACUGUCAUAACAGCUAGGAGAGCAGAAAUUUCACUGGAGUGAUAUUUCUGUUAGACGACUUCAUGAACAGAUUCGUAGCUAGUUAAUCAAAGAGCGUGUUUAUCAGAUGUCCGAGGAGCAUUUUGGAUACUACACCGAUUGUCCCAUUUCCAAACGGAAACCAUUUCUGGACAGACAGUUCGUGCUAGCUAGAUAGCUAGCUCAGUGAAUCAUCCAGGAGACUUCUUAUUGUCACCUAUGAACCCAAACUGAAUGUUUUGUCUGUCAUGAGUCCGGCCGGGUGUUCCCAUGUGAACGGUUAUAAGGUGGAUAAUUGGAAACAAAACCUUCGAGUCAUAUACCAAUGCUUUGUUUGGAGUGGUACUGCUGAGACGAGGAGACGCAAGGUGCUUCAGAGUGAUGCAGGAUGGCCAGAGUUGGCCAAGUCGUGCAUCUGUCACAUGUGUGGCGCCCACCUGAACAGACUCCACUCCUGUCUAUACUGCGUCUUUUUCGGCUGUUUUACGAAGAAACACAUCCACGAGCACGCCAAAAACAAGAGACACAACCUAGCGAUAGACUUAUUAUAUGGUGGAAUUUAUUGUUUUGUGUGUCAAGACUACAUAUACGACAAAGACAUGGAGCAGAUUGCCAAAGAAGAACAGAGGAAAGCCUGGAAAUUGCAAGGCAUCGGAGAGAAGUACACGACAUGGGAGCCGACCAAGAGGGAGCUAGAGUUAUUACGACACAAUCCAAAGCGGAGGAAAAUCACUACGAACUGUACCAUAGGUUUACGAGGGUUAAUAAACCUGGGCAACACAUGUUUCAUGAACUGUAUCGUUCAGGCCCUAACACACACACCGCUGCUGCGAGACUUCUUUCUCUCCGACAGACACAAGUGCGAAAUGCAAUCAAACUCGUGUCUGGUGUGCGAGAUGUCACAGCUUUUUCAGGAGUUCUACUCGGGCCACCGUUCGCCCCACAUUCCCUUCCGGCUGCUGCACCUGGUGUGGACUCAUGCACGCCACCUCGCAGGCUAUGAGCAGCAAGACGCCCACGAGUUCCUCAUCGCAGCGUUGGAUGUACUACACAGGCACUGCAAAGGAGACACCAUCAGAGACGACAACGGGAAGAAGGCCAACAAUCCAAACCACUGUAACUGCAUCAUUGACCAAAUCUUCACCGGGGGCCUGCAAUCAGAUGUUACAUGUCAAGUUUGCCAUGGGGUUUCAACAACGAUAGAUCCAUUCUGGGACAUCAGUCUGGAUCUUCCGGGCUCAUCUACGCCUUUCUGGCCCCUCAGCCCUGGAGGGGACGGCAGCACGGUGAAUGGAGAGAGUCACCUGUCAGGGUCCACCACGCUUACAGACUGCCUACGCAGGUUUACACGGCCUGAGCAUCUAGGAAGCAGUGCCAAAAUCAAGUGCGGCGGUUGCCAUAGUUACCAGGAGUCCACCAAACAGCUGACAAUGAAGAAGCUCCCCAUCGUAGCAUGUUUCCAUCUCAAACGGUUUGAGCACUCUGCCAAACUGCGGAGGAAGAUCACUACAUAUGUUUCCUUCCCUCUAGAGUUGGACAUGACGCCCUUCAUGGCAUCCAGUAAAGAGAGCAGAAUGAACGGGCAGUAUCAACAGACGGUUGAUGUACUAAACAACGACAAUAAGUAUUCCUUGUUUGCGGUGGUCAACCACCAAGGCACGUUAGAGAGUGGCCACUACACCAGCUUCAUCCGCCAGCACAAAGACCAGUGGUUCAAAUGUGAUGAUGCCAUAAUCACCAAGGCCAGCAUUAAGGAUGUACUUGAUAGUGAAGGGUAUCUCUUAUUCUACCAUAAACAGUUCCUCGAGUAUGAGUAGUCUGUGCGACCACUGACCACAGAGAACCACUGCUUCGAAAAAGAGAGUCCAGGGACUGGGGACAGGAUGAGACACAAAAAAACACACAAACCUACCUGAAACUCUUUGACUACCAGUCUGCACCUCCAGCUGUGGAGGGCAAAACUAAAAUAAAAAUAAGACGUGUGAAAUCAUGCAACCUUUCAAAAGAAAAAAAAACAAGCACUGAGCUACUUCUUGGCAUCUACUUGACAAAACUGAAUGAAGAGGAGAGGAGGAGGAGGAGGAGGAGGAGGAGGUGGUGGUGGUGAAAGAGGAGGAGGCUGUCAUCAGAUCCAGGCUCGAGCAAAAGAAAACAGGGGAAGAGCCUAACCCUUACCCUAACCCCUCACUUUCUCUCUCUCUCCCUUCCCAUUCCUGCUGCAGGGGCAGAGUCUGAGCCUGACCGGCUGUCAUGUUGAUCGGGCACAUCUGGAUUUUUUCUUACAGUAUUCUGAUUCCCCACCGUCAACACGCACGCACACGCACACGCACACACACACGCACACACACACACACACACACACACACACACACACAGGCUCACACAGGCUCACAAACAUACACUCACACACGCACACCCAUGCACACACACAUACACACACAUGCACACACACCCCCUCCAUUUCUCUCCCAUGGUGCUCUUGUUUCAACUGACCAAGCAUUUAACUUAGUCAUCAUGGAGGACAGUUUGUCGUCAUAUGCAUACGGGACUGAAUGCAAAAAAAAAAAGAAAAAAGAAAAAAAAAAUAGAAUCAACGUAUUAUAUGAACUUUGCAAGAACAUUUUAAAGGUAUGAUUAUGAUUCUUAUCAUUUGUGACUUUAGUUAUGAGAUACUGUAUGAAUCUAGUAUACAUCUAUUUUUUAAGAGCAAAGAAAACAUGGGAGAGCUUAGAGACGCUGCCUUUGCCAGUUGCUGGGGAAGUGCUGCCAUGGAAACUAAGCAGAUUUGGACCUGAGUGUGCUCAUGUUCCAUUAUUUACUGUGUUGAUUGUUUUUAUUUUUCAGUCUGGUUGAGGGCAGGGAAUAUCUAUUUUUUUUAGCGACUCAUUGAAUUUUGUAUACUGUUCUUUUCAGUGUCUUUUUUUUAUUUUCAGUACAGUCAUAUGCCCCUCGCUGUCCUGGUACUGGAAAUGUUUUUGAACGUAUUAUACUUUCAUUCUUGUGGAAUUGUUGGUAUAAUGAUGGUGGUGAUUAAAUUGGCUCACCUUUGCUGUUUAUGAAUCGUAUGUUGAAUGUGAGCUUUGGGUUUCGUACAGCAUUCUGAAGAGAAGACUCAAUACAUGAACUCCACAUGAGGUCCUAUUAUAUGUGAGAAUGCUGUGGUCUCUCCUCAUUGAACACCUUGGAUGCUGUGUGCAAAAAAAAAAAAAAGAUAAAAAGAAUAACAAAGCCCGUUUAACAUCACUGCAUGCAACUGGGCUCUCAUGAUCUUAUACAAUGUGAAAAAUUUGCCCUCAGUAAUGCCUCAAGGCCUGUUGCCCAUCAGGAUUUUUGUUCUGGGAUGUGAAGAGAAUCAUGUGAAAUAUAUAAAGUGGCCAAGACACAUAUUGCACGUGUAUGGGCACUAUGCGACCACAGCCUGGCUCUGAAUCCAUCAGUGUUAAUCUUCUCCAUGGCAACCGUGUGUGGCUGGUGCAGACCGGUGUGGUUCGUGGUGUGUCUCGCCUCUGCAGUGCAGUAAACCCAGUGCUCUAUUCAAUCAGUAUGCUGUCAAGUCAGACUUUAGAUAAUGCACAUACACAUCAGGUUGUUGUGGUCUGUUUUGUUUGAAUAUCACUGAUUGUGUAUGUAUAAGAAAAAUACAGAAUAAAAAAAACUAUUGACUCAUGUAUAAGAUGAGGGCUCUAACCUUUCACAAAGUAAUGCCACAUUAAAAAAAGAAAAACACACACAACCCUCUGGUUGUUAAGCUGCUCUGUAAUUGAAAACAAACAUGCAUAUCCUUUGGUCUGCUGCAUAACCUCAGCUGGAGGGCAACAGUGGGUUUCUGACCAGUAAAAUCAAAGACUUUUGAAAUGUUCGCACUUUGGUUUCGAUGUAUCAUGGAGCAGUUAAGGCCACCCAAGGGCAUUCAGGGACGCAGCUGAAACGAAAAGGAAGAGGAGAGCUUCAUUACCCGUUUCAGUGAUUAAACUCAGAACAAAACUG